AAAAACGUCCGCAAAUGUAAUCCCGGUUCCACUUCUCCGCGCCAAAAUGUCAUCCAGAAUCCAAUCCCUAGCUUUAUUUCCCAUUUGAUCCUCUUCGAUCAACUCAUACAGUUGAAGGAAGAGCGAAGAGCUUGCUUCGCUCGUAUGGCCAUGGUUUUAUCGCUCUCUAACGUCGCCGACUAUCCCCACGUUGUGUCCAUCUCGAUAUUUACAGCCGUGCUCUGCUUCUGCAUUGUAGUUGGCCACGUACUAGUCAAUUCUCGAUGGACCAACGAGUUCGCUGUUGCCAUUUUCAUCGGAUGCCUAUCUGGAAUCGUGAUUCUCUUGCUCAGCAAGGGUAAAAGCUCUCACAUUCUGAGGUUUGAUGAGGAGCUGUUCUUUAUUUAUCUUCUGCCACCGAUAAUAUUUAAUGCCGGAUUUCAGGUUAAGAAGAAGCAAUUCUUUCAUAACUUUGUGACCAUAAUGUUGUUCGGUGCAGUUGGUGUUUUCAUCUCAUUUGCUAUAAUCUCUGCAGGUAAACAGUUGAUGCCGUAGGGAUGUCUUCUCU